AUGGCUCAGUCUUAUUACUCUCUCCUCGCCUAUGUAAUCCUCAUCACCCUCUGUUGUUGGAGACUUAUCCACAAUUACCAGACUCGUCAGGCUCAUAAGCUAUUUGCCGAGCAGCAUGGAUGUCUACCAGCGCCUCGAAUUCAGAACCAGAGGCCCUGGGGCGUAGAUCGACUCGAGCAGAUUUUCCGCGGCGAUAGCGAGUCGCGCUUGAUGGAGCUCUUUAUGUUCCAUUUCAGGCAGACGGGAAAUACCGUUGAACAAGUCUUUAUUGGUACAACAGCGUUCGACACAAUUGAACCCGCCAAUCUCGAAGCCUUGCUAUCGACCAACUUCAAAGACUUUUCCAUGGGUAGACGUCGAGAAAUCACAUUUCCAAUGUUUGGUGACGGCAUUUUCAAUCAAGAAGGUGCGGCAUGGAAGCAUUCUCGAGACUUGCUACGACCACCACUUCAGCAUAAACACUACGAAAAUUUAACUGCUUUUAAACAAGGUGUGGAUGACUUGAUCGAUAUCUUAUCCAGACAGUCUGCUGUGAUUGAUCUGCAGCCUCUUUUCUUCCGCUUAACACUUGAUACCGCUACAGAAUUUCUCUUUGGCGAGUCAGUGAACAGCCUCAGAGCACCCAAGUCGGCUAACGAGCAAACUUUUGGCGAAGCUUUUAAUACAGCUCAAGCGACUGUGACUCAGCGCUUCCGACUUCCGGAUUUCUAUUGGAUGAUAGGAGGGUCCAAGUUCCGAAACGCUUGCAACAAUGUGCACUGCUUUGCGGAUGAGAUCAUCGAUCGCAACUUAUCGCGCAGCUCUGGGGAAGGCCGCGUCUUUCUGGACGCGGUAGCUGAGAGCACAGCAGAUCGUGAUGCCUUGAGAGGUCAAAUCAUCAGCCUUCUGGUGGCGGGUCGAGACAGUACAGCCUGCUUAAUGACAUGGACUUUCUUCCUACUCGUUCGUCAUCCAAAGGUUCUGGAGAAGCUGCGAACAGAGAUCAACUGUAAUUGCUCUGAUCCAGCGAGUCUUACGAGGGCAGACCUUCGAAAGAUGAACUACCUUCAGCACGUCCUCAACGAGACUUUGCGACUCUACCCAUCUGUUCCUGUAAACACUCGUACAGCCACAAGGACGACCGUACUGCCAACAGGUGGUGGACCAGACCGAACAGCUCCAGUGCUCAUUCCGAAGGGUUCAACGGUUGCGUACUCCGUUUACGCCAUGCACAGAAGACCGGACCUGUAUGGCAUGGACGCUGAGCUCUUCCGUCCGGAGAGAUGGGACGAAGACAUGCCAAUGCGUCGUGAUAAGACCAACGCAACGUGGGGCUACCUUCCCUUCAAUGGAGGCCCCAGGAUCUGCCUUGGCCUGGAUUUCGCGCUUACCGAAGCCGCGUAUACAGUGGUCCGGCUCCUUCACCAUUUCCCCGUCAUACGAUUACCAGCGGGCCAAAAGGUCGAGAUCAUGGGUGUGGAGAAGCAGACCAUGACUCUUGUGCUUUCAUCUACGGAAGGCUGCCUGGUGGACUUUGCCUCUAGAGAAGAGCAGGAACAAGAUGCAUGA